UUCUCAGCAGCAUUCCAGCCGAGUGACUCAUAGCAGAUGUAAGCCUCCACUCUGCCGAAUUUAAUAGCAAAAACAAUCGCAGCUUGGGAAGGGCUCUGGAAUUAUUUGCCUCAGUUCAAGAAGAUUUAACAACUUUGGGUUCUGUCCAGAAGUUAAAGCUUCCAAAAUGAAGAUUUUGAUAAUGAUUGAUUUUGUCCUUGCAGCUAGCCUGAUGGAUGUCAUUGGCAGCUCUGAUUUACAGAAAUGUUUUCAAGACCAAAUACGACUUCAGGGCCAGGUGAGGCUUCUGGAGCAUCGUGUGAAACAGAAGCAGUUAAAAAUUAUACAGCUCUUAGAGAAGAAAGAGAUUCAGUACAGUGACAGAGAAGAUGAAAGCAGUGUCAUUGACUUGGGAGGAAAAAGACAGUAUUCAGAUUGUGCAGAAAUCUUCAAUGAUGGCCAUAAGCAAAAUGGAUUUUAUAAAAUAAAACCAAUCCAGAGUCCCAAAGAAUUCUUUGCAUUCUGUGACAUGUCUGAAGGAGGUGGCUGGACUGUGUUUCAGAGACGUUCCGAUGGCAGCCAGAAUUUUGAUAGACUUUGGGCUGACUAUGAAGAAGGCUUUGGAAAUUUUGUUUUGAAAAAUGGUGAAUUUUGGCUUGGAAACAAAAAUCUUCAUUAUUUGACUAAUCAAGGGAAUUAUACUUUAAGAAUUGAUCUAACUGAUUUUGAAGGAGAACGACGUUUUGCACAGUAUGCAAGAUUCAGAGUUGCAGGAGAAGAGCAUUCUUAUGAGAUGAAUUGUGGUGAAUACUCUGGUACAGCUGGUGAUUCCCUUACUGGGGGAUUUCAUCCUGAAGUAAAAUGGUGGGCUGAUCAUCGAGGAAUGAAAUUCAGUACUAGAGACAGGGAUAAUGACAACUAUGAAGGGAACUGUGCUGAAGAGGAAAAGGCUGGCUGGUGGUUUAACAGGUGUCACUCUGCCAACCUGAAUGGUUUGUACUACAGAGGUCCCUACACUGCCAAGACAGACAACGGGAUUGUUUGGUACACCUGGCAUGGGUGGUGGUAUUCUCUGAAAUCUGUUGUCAUGAAGGUCAGACCUGCAGACUUUGAAUGUAAUAUUGUUUAAAUAUUCUAUGAACACGAUUCACCUGAUUAAUCGUUUAGGAAAUCAAUUCCAAAUCAAAAUGGGCAGAUUUUUACUUCUCAAUCUACGCAUAUAUAAAUUUGGAAUAAUUCC